AAGAAAACGGUUCUCGUGAAAUUCUUUUUUAAGUAACGAAACAAAACAAAAAAGUACAAGUAUAAGAAAACUUAUGUCAAAGUACUGAAGACGGAGUAAAAGUAGAUCACCGAACAUAUAUAUGAAUAUAUACUCACUAUUGUCAUUUCUUAAAAUUUACUUACACGCAUGUUAGUUAAUUGAUAAUAGGAGUCUUGUUUUUUUUUUGUGGAGAGAGAAUUUUAAUUAUUAUAUUGGCUAUAAUAUGAUGCGAUUUCUGCAGUUUCGUGCAAGUGCUGCACCGACAUCAGCAGUGAAUAUAGGUUCCAAGGAUAUAAUAACAAAAAUCUGCAAAAGAUGGCGUCACCAAGACAAAGUAAUAGCAAUUCGAAGGGAAGAUCAAUCAGUAUGGGAACGGCGUGCCCCAUUUGGUCCUUCACACGUACAAAAAUUAGUCAAAAAAGGGGUUAAAGUUAUUGUACAACCCUCCAACCGUAGAGCCUACCCAAUGCAGGCUUAUCUGCAAUCUGGCGCCAUCAUAAAAGAGGACAUGAGUGAAGCUUCCGUUAUAUUUGGCGUCAAGCAGGUGCCCAUCGAUGCUUUAAUACCUGGCAAAACCUACUGUUUCUUUUCACAUACGAUAAAAGCGCAAGAAUCAAACAUGCCCUUACUGGAUGCCAUUUUGGAAAAGAAAAUUCGUCUCAUUGAUUACGAGCGCAUCAUUGACGAACGUGGUGCCCGACAGGUGGCAUUUGGCAAGUAUGCAGGUGUGGCUGGUAUGGUAAAUAUAUUACAUGGCAUUGGUUUGCGUUUAUUGGCAUUGGGACAUCAUACACCUUUUAUGCAUAUUGGUCCGGCCCAUAACUAUCGUAACUCAUCGAUGGCAAGACAGGCAAUACGCGAUUGUGGGUAUGAAAUUUCAUUGGGUAUGAUGCCUAAGUCGAUUGGGCCACUAACGUUCGUCUUUACCGGUUCGGGGAAUGUGUCACAAGGUGCUCAGGAAGUGUUCCAAGAGUUGCCCAUUGAGUAUGUGCCACCAGAAAUGUUGAGGAAAGUAGCAGAACAUGGCAGUCAAAAUAAACUCUAUGGCUGUGAAGUAAGUCGUUCUGAUCACUUAGAGCGCCGUGAAGGCGGUGGUUUUGAUGCUAAGGAAUAUGAUGAAUAUCCCGAACGAUAUAUAUCAACUUUCAAUCAAAAAAUGGCACCAUAUGCUUCAGUAAUUGUGAAUGGUAUAUACUGGGCUGUAGGAAGUCCCAAAUUGAUAAGUAUUCCUGAUGCUAAAAAUUUACUAAGACCUGCGAAUACUCCCUGGUUACCAACUAGCAAAGGAAGUCCAGCUUUGCCACAUCGCAUGUUGGCGAUUUGUGAUAUUUCUGCUGAUCCCGGUGGUUCAAUCGAAUUUAUGAAUGAAUGUACUACAAUUGAUACACCUUUUUGCCUGUAUGAUGCCGAUCGUAAUAAGGAUACUAAAAGUUUCAAAGGGCCAGGUGUGUUAGUGUGUUCGAUUGAUAAUAUGCCUACACAGCUGCCACGUGAAUCUACUGAUCUAUUUGGUGAACUAUUAUCACCAUUUGUCAAUGACAUUAUUAAAAGUGAUGCUAAAAAAUCAUUGGAUGAGGAAAAUUUCACAUAUCCCAUUAAAUCUGCCAUUAUAGCCAGCAAUGGAAAGUUGACUGAAAACUACGAAUACAUACAAGAGUUGCGUGAAUCUUAUACUUCACGUUCUCGUCAUAAGGUCGAGGGGGAGAACGAGGGUGAUAAGAAAGUGCUUGUACUAGGCGCUGGUAUGGUUUCUGCACCGCUUGUUGAGUGGUUGCAUCGCGAGAAAGAUGUUGCUAUAACAGUUUGUUCCCAAGUCAAAGAGGAAGCGGAUCGUUUGGCUAAUAAGUAUUCGGGUGUUAAUAGUGUGUAUUUGAAUGUGACUGAAGGCACUGACCACUUACGUGAGUUAUGUGGUAGAGCGGAUGUCGUUGUUUCUUUGCUGCCAUACAGUUUACAUGGUAUGGUGGCGAGAUACUGUGUAGCUGAGAAAACACAUAUGGUCACAGCAAGUUACUUAAAUGAUGAAAUCAAAGAUUUGCACGAUGAAGCUAAACGCAAUAAUGUUACUAUAAUGAAUGAAGUUGGUUUAGAUCCUGGUAUUGAUCAUUUGCUUGCAUUGGAAUGUAUACACGAAGCACAGGAAAAGGGUGGUGUAAUUGAAUCGUUUGUUAGUUUUUGCGGUGGUUUACCAGCACCUGAACACUCGGACAAUGCAUUACGUUAUAAAUUUUCUUGGUCACCUCGCGGGGUCUUGCUUAAUACACUGUCAGCUGCUAAAUAUUUAAGCAAAGGACAAAUCGUAGAAAUAUCUGGUGGUGGAGAUCUGAUGUCUAAUCCAAAGAACUUAGAUUUCUUACCAGGUUUCGCUCUAGAAGGAUUUCCCAAUCGUGACUCAACUAAAUAUGCUGAGCUUUAUGGCUUGGGUAGAGAUAUACAUACUCUCUUGCGUGGCACGAUUCGUUACAAGGGUUUCUCCGAGUCCAUACAACCUAUGCAGUUGCUGGGUUUAAUUGAUCCUGAGCCACAUCCAAUGUUACAUCCAAAUGGACCAGAUGUUACUUGGCGUCAGUUGGUUAUUAAUAUGUUGGGCAUGGCGGAUAGCAGUAUUUUCUAUGAAAAUUUAAAACAAAAAUUAGUCGAACGAAUUGGAGAUGCAGACUGCUUGGAGAGUUUAGGCUUAUUAGAUGAUACUAAAGUUGAAAAAUUGGGCACACCCUUGGAUACGCUCAGUCAUUAUUUAUCGAAACGUUUGGCUUUUGAGCGAAAUGAACGGGAUUUGGUUAUACUCCGUCAUGAAGUUGGUAUACGUUGGCAAGAUGGACGUCAUGAGCAACGUGGCAUUAACUUUGUUGUGUAUGGUCAACCUGAGGGACAUUCGGCCAUGGCCAUAACUGUUGGCAAGCCAGCAGCGAUUGCUGCAAAAAUGAUUUUGGAUGGUGAAAUACAAGAACGUGGAGUAGUAUUACCUUUCACACCAGAUAUUUAUAGGCCAAUGUUGCAACGUUUAAGAGCAGAGGGUCUAACGGCAACCGAAACAUCGAAGUGGAUACCGUAAUAUGGAUUUUUAAUUGAUGUUUUCGGGAUUAAAUUAAGUUCUAUCUUUUCAAAUAUAGUUUAAGUUUAAAUUUAAGAAAUUUUUAUUUUCGUUUUGUAUUUACAUACAUUUUCAAUUUGAUUAA